AUUGAGCUCUCUUUGUUAUUGCACUGUGAACCGCGCGACGGUUGUCAUCGCAGGGUCGGAAUCGAAUCUCGAAUAAUUUUCAACUCGACAGCAGAGGUUUCCGCAAUCGCCGGGCUGGAAACAUAUAACAUAUAUCCCUUGGAUCUAACCGGAUUGCGGCAGGGAAAGCCCCGAUUAUCAGGAUGAUGUUCUGAUAUAUUUCCUAAGCACCUCAGACGGCAAAAGUUGGCGAAGUAGUAGAAAAGCAGGGAGGAGGUUGCAAAACGAAACGAACCGGAAACGAAACGGGUCGCGGUUUGAAACGAAACGCGGCUCUCUCUUUCUCAGCGGCGGCGGCGUUCUGUGACGUCAGAAGCAGCGACGUCCUUCGCUGGCAGACGCACACACACACACACACACACGUACGCACGCUCACUGACAGACACAAUACCACACUUAGAGAAACUCCCACCAAGAGAACCCUCCCCCUCAGCAACAACAAAAACAACAGCUUCGCCAGCAGCAGCAGCAGCAACAAAUUAAAGAGAGAGCAUUUAUAUUCCUUUGUGGCAACGCGAGUGGAGUGUACAUGUGUGUGUGUUUUGAGGCAGCCGCACCACUACAACUGCAACUGCAACUACGACUACAACUGCACUAGCAAUAGCGACACCAAGAACAACAACAACAACUAAGCACAACAACACAGCCAUAUAGCAACAAAAAUGGAACAGCCGAGCAUUCUCGUCAAAAUCCUGCACUCGAUUCCGCACGUGAAUUACACAUUCCGUCGGGUUAACGACACCUUCAAUCCGGACAGCGAUGUUUACCUCGAGAGUCUGGUCAUCCUGGCAUCCAUUCCCGCCGGCCUGCUGAUCGGCUCUCUGCUGGGCCUGCUGCUCUACCUGUUGACCAGAUGCUGCGAUCGCCGCCAGAGGAAGCCGAGCGCCCAGCGCUGCCAGAGCUGCUCCUUGGUCAUCAUCACGCUGAUGACCUGCGCUGCCAUCGGAUUAGGCUUGUACGGCAACGAUGACUUCCACAAUGGACUCCUGCAGGCCUUCGGAUCCGGGAAGAGCGUGGAGGGUCUGGUGCUCACCCUGAAACGACAGACGGAGAGCAUCAAGCACGACCUGGAGACGCGAAUGGCGGGGCACAAGGUGGAGCAGCUGGUGGAGAAGCCGCAGUAUAACCAGACGGUGGUGAUGCUGCUCAUCGAGACGUCGCGCCUGGUCACGGAGAACACCUCGCGGGCGGUGGCCUCGCUGGACAGCAUGGUCCACUACUUCAUGAAGGCCAAGGGCAGCGAGAACGACACCUCGCUCAUGGGAUUGCUGCAGCUCGGCGAGUUCUACGAAUCGAUUCGCUGGCCAGCCACCCUGGCUUUCCUCACGGUGCUCCUGCUGCUCUGCACGGUUUUGGUGAUUGGCGUGGCCAGGCGAUCGCGCUGCACCCUGAUCUUCUUCAGCGUCUCGGGCCUGUUCUGCAUCAUCAUCUGCUGGCUGCUGGCAGGCGUUUAUCUGGCCUCCAGUGUGGCUGCCGGCGACUUCUGCAUGCGACCCCACGACUACAUGUGCCGUCAGGUGGGCAUGCGGAGUCCCUAUGUCGACUUUCUUAACUGCGGCACUCCGCGCAAUCGCUUCAUCCUGCGUCUGAAUGAGUCCCGGGAUCUGGUGGAUCGGGCCAGGGAAAGUGUGGAGCAUAUGCAGCGCAUGAGCCAGGAAACAUAUCCACACAUCGACAUCCAGCGCACCCUGAACGCCAUGGACAACGACCUGCAGAUCGCACUGCGCAACCUGACGACGCUGUCGGCCACUUUGGACCGCCGCGCGAUCGACAUGCACUACGAGGAGGCACUCCGCGGACUUUGCGGCGGCGGGCUGCUGGGACUCAGUCUGAUGAUGGUGGCUGGUCUGCUGACCUCCUUCCUGCUGACGAUCCUGGUGUACGCCGACUCCCACGCCUGGAUCUAUCUGACCAAGCGGCCAUCGCUGGACGCGGACAAAUCGGAGACAGCACCACUAUUCCCCGCCUCGAACGCGCCGAGCGCCAGCAUCUCGCCCACAGCACCGCUCAGCACGGGGACGAUCAACAGGACGCUGCUGCACCACCAGCAGGCGUCGUCGGGCGGCCUGGGCGGCGGCUCGGGUACCUUGCCGGGAUCUGGAGGCGGCGCCGGGGCUGGAGGAGGCGUCGGCGGCGCCAAUGGACACAAUGGCGUGGGGCCGUAUCGCAACGGAUCGGCGGGCCUGAGACAAGGGUUGGCAUCACCUUCAUCUCAAUCAAGCCACACCUCAUCCACCGCUACUUACAACAACCACAACAACGGCACCACCAGUUACCACAACAGCCACCAACAACACAACAACCACCUGUACAGCAACCACUACAGCCACAGCAACAACCACUACAACAGCACACAGCAUAGAACUAACCCUGCGGCGGGGGCGGUAGCAGCGGCGGUGGGCGUGGCCAGCAGUGGCCAGCGAUCGCCGUCGCCGCCGCCUGUCUACGAUUUGGUGCAUGGCACAAGGUCAGGACACCACACGCUGGGACGCCUGCCAUCGCACCACCAGCAGUCGGCGACGUAUUUGCCGGGACCCAACAAUGGAAAGUACGCGACGCUCAGCAAGCAGUGUAAGACGCUCGAGUCCAACGACUUCUACUGAGAUUCGCUUGCCUGCAGUUCCCAUGCAGGCAGUAGCAGCAACACAGCACAGCAGCAGCAGCAGAACUUGCAGCUCCAGCAGCAGCAGCAACAGAGCAGCCUCAUCAAUCAGAACCAAAGCCAGAGCACGCUGAAGAACAUCUUUGCGUCGGCCACCCUGCCCCGCUCGACGGGCAGCUCCAUCCGGUCGGUGCUCUCGGUUCAAACCUCCAACGCGGGCAUCUGCCGCUCCACGGGCAACGGCUUGGACGGCGACAUGGUGGACGACCGCGAUCCCAGGGAUGUGACCAACACCAGCUUCAAUCGCUUCGAUCCCAAGUACAUAAGCAUUGGUCCCAAGGCGGUGAGGGGUCAGAAUAACAAUCUUAAUAUCAUGUCCGUCGCCGGCAGUGCCAAUAAGUGUGCCACUCUGCGACAUGUGGGUCGCUAUGGUGGCUCGCUCAAGGGUGUGUCCGCCGUCAAUGCCACGCCCUCGCCCGCCGCCGCCCCAGCUGUCCAUUCGCCGAACUUGAGGAGCGCCAAGACGCCCUCGAUAGCCACCGUUUCGAAGGAUUAUUGCCAGCAGCCGGACUGCAUUCCUCAGGAGUUCCUUCUCCAGCAGCAACAACAGCUGCAGCAGCAGCAGCAACAACAGCAGCAGCAACAACAACUGCAGCAGCAGCUUCAGCAGCAACAGCUGCAACUCCAGCAGCAGCAGCAACAACAGCAGCAGCAGCAGCAGCAGCAGCAAAUGGUGCCCCCUGCGCCGCCGCAACCAGCGCCUCCGCCUCCACCCAAACCAAAGAUAGUCAAUACAUUUACGGAAAUUCCCGGCACCACGGGCGUGGGCAGCUCGUAUGCCAAGGAGCAGCAGCAACAGCAGCAACUGCUGGCCCUGCAGCAGCAGCAGCAACAGCAGCUGCUCGCCCUCCAGCAGCAGCGGGAGCGGGAGCUGCAGCAACAACAGCAGCAGCAGCAACAGCAGCAGCAGCAACAGCAACAGCAGCAAAGAGAGUUGCAUCCACCGACCACCCACAUACUACCCCCUUCGGCUGUCUACAGCAUCGAGAGCAGCGAGGUGUUGCCCACAGCCGCGCCGCGUGCGCAGCAGCGCUCGCUGAAUCCCGCAUCCAUUGUGAACCAACCGCUGCCCGAGAUUCCCACCAAUCAGCAACAGUCAAAGAUCUCCGCUCAGCCGCUGUGCGCCGCCAGUUUGGGGCAGUACCGCUCGCUGCAGCGUCCUCAAACUCAGAAGUUGCAGCCGGCUGCCAUCUCCUCGCCGCAGCAGCCACCAACGCUGCCGCCCAAGAACCGGCACAAAAAUAGCAACCGCGGUGGAGCCAUCGACAGCAGCAAUGCCAAUCACAUGCAGACCUUGCCGCCGAAGUCAGCCAGCCUAAGACAGCAACAGCAGCAGCAGCAGGAGCGCGAAAGGGAGCGAGAACGCGAACGGGAACGGGAGAGGGAGCGUCCGCGGAGGGCGGAGACCCUGGACAAUGCACGCAGCUAUAUUGAACAACAGCAACAGUAUCCCGGCCACCUGAUAACCAGCAGCAACAUGAAGAAGCAGCACUCCUACGACAGCAGCUACCAUCAGCAACAGCAGCAGCAGCAACAGGCCUUCUAUCAAAGGCAGCACAACAACAACUUCUCAGCCAAGCAGCAGCAGCAGCUCAUGCUGGAGCAACAGCAACAGCAGCAGCAGCAACAGCAGGCGUUGUUUUACAGAUCGCUGAAACGGGGAGAACGCGUAGCCACUGGCAGCGGAGGAGUGACUGGAGGAGGAGCCGCCAUUAGCAACCAGAGCGAUCUGUACUCGGUGACGGAGUUGUAGGAGUGCGCCUGCUGCGGCGGCGGGGUGGAUGUGGUGCGCCGAGGCGCCUCAUCCACAUCGCUGCACGCGGCGGCGGCCACACAAACUCAGACACACACCCAAAACCAGACGCAAUCGCAGAACCAGGCGCCUGUCCCCCUGCCACCCAAGAAGCAUCGCCAGCGGGAGCGGGAGCGCAACCUAGAACAGCGGGAACAGCCGGCACCCUGCAACGCCAAUCUGUGCGAGGAGCACGAGUACGAUGAGUUCUAUCCCCAGGCCUAUGAAAUGCAUGCGGUUGUCGGAGGAACUGGCGGCCCGACGGGUGGAGGAGCAGCUGCAACUGGCUCUGGUUCCAAGCACGGCAAGCAGGGUCAGCAGAGAGCAGCCACCUUCGAUGUGGCCGAUGCCAGGGACUACGAACUGAAGCGUCUGGGCAACCGGAGGUCGCAGCAGCAGGCGGCUCCUAGCAAAAGAAACGGAGGCGCAGCAGUACCAGCUGUCAGCCAGGAUCACCAUCGUAGCCACGAUCGCGAGCGGUCGCGCAGCGAUCACCGCAUUGCCAGCUAUGCCUGCGAAGAGGUCAACUCCUCGGCGCUCUGCAGCGCCGGCUCCAUGAGCUCCAUGCUGCAGCCAGCUAAUGGAACUGGUCACCGGAUCGGCAGCCACCAGCACCAGCGGGAUCACCAUUCGCGGGAUCAGCAGCAGCAGCAGCAACAGCAGCAGCAGCAACAACAGCAACAGCGGGAGCGACGCGAGAAGACCUUUAAGGUAUGAUUUUUAGAGACGUCAUAAGAAUUGUCCAAUCCGCGCCAGGGCACCAGAAACGGCAGCUCCAGGCGGCGGACGCGUUGAGGGGUAAAUGGAAAGCUAACGUGGCGGAUUCUACAGCGAUUACGACAAGGUGAACCCCCACUCAUUGAGAAAAGUUGAGCAGAAGGAGCGGCACCAUUGUUGGCCCCCCAUUGGCAUUGGCACCACCCGGAGACCCCAGCCUGUUUUUAUGUUUAGCCUAAGUCGCGUCUUUACCCUAUGUCUAUGUCUAUCUCUGUCCAUGUCCACGUCCACCAGCGUCCUCUCCCUUUCACUUGCGUGCGAAAACGACCCACACACACAUGCAUAUAUAUAUAUAUAAAUAUAUAUGUAUAUACACCCAGAUUGUAUUGUAAAAACCGACCUCUUCUGAUUGAUUCAAGUUGUAAAAGCUGCUUGAAGGGCUGCAGUGUCGAAGGUAGCGGUCGAAACAAAGCGCAUCACUUCACUCACUUCAUUUUCGUGCAUUGCUAAUUGUUCUAUAGCAUAUGGCAUUCCUUAAAUGCCAUUUACCACAAGCAAUAUUUAAAAAAUAAUUCUGAGCCAUGCAGCUCUUCAGGCCUGUGGCGCUAUUGCCUUGACCGCUGCUGUGCAUACAGCCAAGUACAUCCAACCUACAAAAGUUCUCUGCCCUGUGUUGUUGCCUAUUGUUAUAUAAAUAGUAGAAAACUACGAUUAACCGUAACGAAUACUUUUUUGUGACCACUAUUCAUACGUGUAUAUUUUAAAAGCCUAAGUUAAGUGAAAUUUAGUUCUAAGCGCAAACCUAUUUAUUUACGACAGUUUGUAAGCCUCGACCCCAAAAAAUAUCCAAAAAGGCCACAAAGCGCAGACACACUCGGCGAAAGAUAACUAGGUGCUCCUGAGCAUUUUCAAACGAGUUCUCGUUUGAAUAUUCCCGAGAAUCCAAGUCCGUGCUUGAGGAACUCUUAAUUUUUAGAUGGAGUGUGUGUGUUAUUUUUAAUUUAUUAACCUUUUUUUUGUAUAAGCGAUUUAUGCUGAUUUUUUUUUGUUUGAGAAUCCGUUGCGAGAACCAACAACAACAACCACAGCGACACGUACGUAAAAUUUUUGUGACGUCAGAAAUCUAAAAGAAAGGAAAACAAAGUAAGAAAACCCAGAAGCAACACUGCACAAAAAGAAAGAAAGAAAUUUCACAAAAGAAAACACAAUAUACUUUAAAGGUUUAACAUUAAACAUUUAACAAACAAGCAAAAGACGACAAGAAUAGGAAAAAGGAAAAGUUCUUAACUCAAGCAAUAUAAAGAAGGAUAACAUAGAACAUAAAAUCGAAAAGAAGCCAUACCAAGUUGUUCAACUAUUUUAAAGAGAAUUCAGCAAAGCAAAAUAACAAAUAAACAAGCGAACAUUUACACAUAAAAAUACAUAAAAUACCUACAUGUUUAUUAUAGAGCAAGCAUAAGGAAUAUAAAUUAAUCUACAACAACCACAAACAAUGUUCAGGUCAAUAACUGCAUUUAAAAGGAGGAAACCCUUAUUAGGCGUUAAAUUAAACGAAAUGCUCUUUUUAUAUACAACUAUAUAACAUGCAAAUAUAUAUACAUUAUAUACAUUAAACGAAUUGCAAGUACCCAAACACACAGACAAACGAUAAAACACAAAGUAAAGCAAAAAGCGAAAAGCAAAAAGGAGAAAGGAACAACUCAGCAAAGUUGUUGGCACAGCGGAAGACACACAAACAUUUUAUACAAAACUAACAUAGUUAUGCCACACAAAAUAUAAGACACCGAACAGUUGUGGAAGAAAUAAUUGUAGUGCCAUUAGAGAUUGGAAAAUUGAAUAAAAUUUUAUUGUAAUUAUGAAAUGUAUAAUUUUAGUUAUGUUUUGCACAUGUAUCUGAAGGGUUGUACGGUCGUGAGAUGUUUUAGUCUUCAAUUUUAUAAAUAUGUAUUUGAAAAGCGUUUUCCAAGCUCCAUUUUAAAUGAACGAUACAAGAAUAGUAUAUGUACUUCAUUUGAUCGACCCAAAUUCCUGUGCUGCACAGUGCAGCAAGGCCACACUAUUAUUUUGACCACAGCUGGGCACACUGAAAACAGCAAAUUACGGAAAAUAGAGCAAGCAACAAGUAAGAACUCACAUGUACUCUCUCUGCUGUGCAGAUGCAACUGAAACAAGGCGAAAUGCCACUUCAACCAUGUUGAAGACUUUAAGAAUUGCAACAUGCAACAUGCAACAUGCAGCAUGCAACACGCAGACACAAAACCACAAGACACACUCUCCGAUCCUCCGUCUCGUUCGCUCUAUAGCUCUUUGGCUCCUUAGCUUUUUGUCUCUGUCUAUCUCGCUGUCUCGCUCCGAACAUUCCACCCACCACACCACCCAUUGUAGUUUGCACAAAACGUAUAUGUAUUAGCAAAAGUUAACACUCGAGGGGAAAAAGUUAGUUCAAGAUAUGUAAGAACACUCUAAGAAAACUGUUGCAAGUCCUGUUCUCCUGUUCUGUAUAUAAGAUACAUACGAUCUACCCAAUUCUAUUAACUAAGUAGUAGUUGCUGUGCGAAUGUUUCUGUGUGUUCGUGUGUGUGAUGUGUGCGAUGUUAGCCAUUACAUUUAAAGUGGUUUUUUUUGUUGUUUUUAAUCCGAAAGCAAAAAUGUUUCACUGUAGUGUGUAGUGUAGUUGAUUCUAAGCGAUAAGGCCAAAAUAGAUUUUAAACCGAAAACCAGACAAAUGGAUUAUUAGGAAUCAGUGGAAGAAUACCAAACCAAUAAUUGCAGGAAGGCAGAAAGGCAGAAAGGCAGGCAGGCAGGUAUUUACUUAUAGCAUUUAAAUUCUGAAGCAAACGAAAAUUAUUGAAUAACAUUAAAUCAAACGCAAUUAAACACGCAACGUGUGAGGUAACACCGUAAAAUGCAAAAACAAGCAAAGCAGUUUUCACGUUUUAGCCAUUGAACAAGGGAAAACUAACGCACCAUUUCGUACUUCAACUGACGCAAAAUCCAUCUAAUAAAUGAUAUUAAAGGGAGUAGGGAGUAGACGGAUAGCGAGCAGAUACGAUUAUAAACGUAAAUAGUAAACGAGAAAGUAAGACAAAUUUUAGAGAAAUCGGUUUUUACCUAAGGUUAAGGCAAGAUGAUACUUCCGGUUCUCCCCUUUUAACUGCCAUCUCCAUUUCCGUUUCCUAUUGCCCAUUUCCCAUUUCCAAUUUCCGGCCCACAAAUUCCCAAUCCUGUUGACACAUUUCAGUGCAUAUUAUAUAAUGCAUCUAUACAUAUAUAAAUAAAUCCACUAAUAUACAAACAUAUAUAUAUAAAUACACAAUUAUUGUAAUAACAAUAUAAGUCUGUAAAUUUGUUAACAUUUCUAAAAGCCAGCAAAUGGGGCAAAAUGAGUCAAAACGGGGCAGAAUCUAAUAAAAUCGCGCCCAGUAGUUGUGCUACAAUCACAAAAAGGAAGACCCCAGAUUCCAGAACCCUAAACUCAGAACUCAGAACCCAGAUACUUGCAAAAAAACACGCGACCCACUCAAAAAUCAUCCAAAUGUGUGAUUUGUAUAGAGAUCGGUCAGUGGGCGCGAAUCGAAGUCGAAAAAUUGUUGAGCAGCCGCUUUAAAAUCAAAACGAAGCAAAGGAAACAUUAAAGAAAAGAAAAUGGAAAAUAAUUAUAUAACAGUUGUGAACAAAUUAUAUUUACAUAGCGUAUGAAUAAAUUGCAUAACAAUUGAUUAAUAUACAGAAA